AUGGAAUCAUUAAUUCAAAUUAUAAACAAGCUACAAGAUGUAUUUGCUGUAAUUGGUGAGCAUAAAAUCGACUUACCUCAGAUUGUUGUCGUUGGAUCUCAGAGUUCGGGAAAGAGCUCGGUCCUGGAGAGUUUGGUCGGCAGAUCAUUUUUACCUCGAGGUACAGGCAUUGUAACUCGUGCUCCACUUAUAUUGCAAAUGAUUAGGUAUUCCAAUACAGACCUAGAGGACAUGAUAAAAUUAACAAAUAAGCAUAAUAUUAAAUGUUGGGCAUCUUUUCUUCAUAAACCUGGUACAGUUUAUGAUAAUUUUGAUGAAGUAAGAUAUGAAAUAGAAAAUCGGACCGACGUCUUGGCUGGUGCUAAUAAAGGCAUUACCCAUGAUCCAAUUGUACUCAAAGUUUUUACUCUUUCGUACGAUCUUACAUUUGUAGAUUUGCCUGGUAUUACAAAAGUACCUGUUGGCGAUCAACCUGAAGAUAUAGACGAACAAAUACAAGAUCUUAUAUUAAAGUAUGUGCAACAGCCAAAUUCAAUCAUUUUAGCUGUCGUAACUGCAAAUACAGAUCCGAGUACGUCGGAAAGUUUAAAAAUUGCUAGAAAAAUGGAUCCGGAAGGUGCGAGGACAAUAGCUGUGGUGACCAAGUUAGAUCUGAUCGAUAAAGGAACGAUACAGGAUACAACAGAACUUCUUUGUGGUCAUAAAAUUCCGGUAAAACUUGGCAUUAUUGGAGUUGUUAACAGAAGUCAAAAGGACAUUAACGACAAUAAGUCGAUGAAAGAAACUCUUAAAAGUGAAAAAGAUUUCUUAAGAAUGAACUAUCCCGACAUAUACAAAAAGCACGGUAACAAAGUGUUAGCUAAAAGACUACAAGAUAUUUUGGUAAAACAUAUAAAAAAAACUUAUCCAAUCUUACACAAAAAUUUACAAGACACAAAGAUUAGACUAGAAAACGAAUUGAAAACCAUCCAAACACCCGACAGCAAGGUAUCGUUCAUAUUAAGUUUAUUGAAAAAUAUAAACAAAUCCUAUUGUGAUACAAUAUUGGGAAACAGAACAGAUGUUUCCGAUAAAAUAAUUAUGGGUGGUGCGAGAAUAUCACAAAUAAUUAAUGAAGAGUACUUGGAGAAAGUAAAUAAAAUUGAUCCAUUAUUUGACUUAACUGAUGAACAGAUUGGGAUUAUUUUAUUAAACACUGCUGGAAUUACAAAUAGUUCAUUUGUGAAUGAAAAAGCAUUGGAAAACAUGGUUUGCAGACAAUUAAAUAAUCUCAUUGAACCAUCAAUGUCUAGUGUGGAAUUUGUUCGUGUAGAGAUGUUGAAGAUUUUUGAUUCUAUUGAUGAAAAUCUUUUGGAAACGUUAAAAAGAUUUCCCCGGAUAAAUUCUGAUGUAAGAAAUGUCCUUCACAAAAUGUUGGAUGAAAAAUUAACUGAUUUGAAAGAAUUUAUAAAAUCUUACAUUGAAACACAUCAAACAUGUUUAAACACUACCAACCCUAAUUUUCUCUUUCAAUUGGUUCGAUCUUCAACUGAAAUGCAAGAUUCCAAUAUAACAGCAUUCAUGAGCAACACAAAUAAAACCAAGGUGGCAGGGAAUGAUGGAGAUGAAGAAGAAGACGAAAAACAAUUAAAAAUACAACAUUUUAAACAAAUGUUAUCUGGCUUAAACGAUUUAGACGGCACAAUUGAAACAUCAAAACAAGUAAAGAUCCAUAAAUGCUUGACACAAUGUUAUUUUGAUUUUAUUAGGGAAAUCAUUAGAGACUUUGUACCCAAACGAAUACAUCACAAAAUGGUGAAAUUAGUUUUGAACGAUUUUGAACAUGAAUUGGACGAAAAGGUUUUUUCUUCAUAUGUAAUUAAUCAAUCGUUUAAUGAAGUUUUGAUUGAAGAAGAAGGAAUUGUAGAAGAUCGAGAACGAGUAGAGCAAAUGUUAUUUGCUGUCAAUAAAGCUUUGAAAAAUAUGUUAGAAAUACAGUGUUUUACAUAA